ACGAAACUCAACAGAGAGCACAGAGCGACCGGGUGACAGGCACAGAAUCGCACCAUGGAGGAUGGCUUCCAGCUUUGCGGGAAUUGCAAAAGAAGUGUGGCCUCUGCCCACUUCACCCUCCAUGAGGCCCACUGCCUGCGGUUCCUGGUCCUUUGCCCAGAGUGUGAGGAGCCUGUCCCAAAGGAAAAGUUUCAAGAGCAUCAACAGAAUGAGCACCAGCAGACCAAGGAACAAGAGGAAGACCCCAUUAAAUGCAAGUUCUGUGAGCUUUCUGUGCGGCUCAGCAAGCUGGAGAUCCAUGAGACCCACUGUGGCAGCCGGAGAGAACGCUGUCCACACUGCGAACAGCUCAUCACACUCCGAGUGAUGGCCCAGCACACAGAUUUCUGUGGGAGCAACCAGGCUGGAUUUGGAGAAGGGAGAAGAGUGCCAUCUGAAAGGAAAAUCCACUGUGUUUCUUGCAACCAAAUGAUUCCAGGAAAUAUAUAUAUCCACCACAUGGGUAAAUGCUGUCCAGUCUCAGAGUCUGUGAAACACCAUCCUCUUGGAAAGCCAAAACUUUCUCCUCCAUCCCUUCCAAGUCAGGCUGAUGGAACACAAACCUCUACAUCAGAGAAAGAUGUCCGUCCAAAGGAAAAAACCACCAUCAGUUCACAUCCCUCUAAAUGUUCAACAAAGCCUACAGUAAGAAGCAAAAGCAGAAGCAUGGAUUUGCCUUUGAAGUCUAAGCCUAAGCUGAGGGCCGCCUCUCCCACAGAAGAGCAGUCAGCUUAUGACAUUCUAAGGAGAUGUUCUGAGUGUGCCAUCCUGCUUCCCUUGCCUACCCUAAACAAACACCAGGUGAAAUGUCAACAUUUAGCUUCAUUACGAGAAAAACAAGUGAAGAACCAGCUAGAUUUGGAAAGAAAAGGCAUCAGCUUACCCCAAGAUGACCAGGAGAGAAAAAUUCUGGAUUCCGAUUAGGCCUAGGAGACCUGCAGCUGGGUUCCUGAAGAAUUAAAGCCAAGCAAAACAAAACCACACUCUC